UAAUGCUCUGUGUAACAUAAACCUGUUUGGUCUUAUUAAAGAUGUUCUUCAAGCUAACAUAAUGGUAUCUCAUCUCCUUUUCAAUACAAGGUGAGCUCCGUAAUAAGGGUGUCCACGGACCUGUAUUAGCUGAGGAAGGUGGAGGGCGGGACGGGAGAGAGGUGGAGGAAGAGGAGUUGGAGGAGUUCAGGAAACAUGUGGAGUGCCUGGGGCUUCCCGCCGCCAGUGCUGGUGUAGCUUGGGAAAUCCCUCUUCCUCAUUCCUAUCAUCCCUGCUUCCGUACCCUCUUAAGACGGGUAGAAGAAGACCCAUCAAUGUGAUAAAAGUAUAGAUUCUGGGAGAGAAAGAGAGAUGUAGAGACACGUGUUCUGUUUUGUAAUAUAGCAGUUCUGUAUGUACUGUUUGUCUAUGUACUGUAUGAUUGUACUGUAGUGAAUGAUUUCUCAUAUCAUUCUGGCUUCUUGGCUUCUAUAAAAGAUUUAAUGGCAUUCAUUAAUUAAAGUACAAGAGCUUCAGUUAAUUCACAGAGACAGUGGAAUCCAGUAGGAAUGUUCACAGCAAAGAGUUGAUGCCGUUACACUUUCUCAGUGUUAAGGAAUUAACACCUGCAGUUUUACAGUAACUGGUUUUGGGUGUUGACUAUUUGAAUCAGGUGUGCCAGUUUAGGGUUAAAACAAAAAAGUGAAAAGUCUGGGGGGAGAGGAGAGGGUUGGGAAACCAUGUUGUAGAGAACGCUGGCGGGCAUCACUUUUAGCCUACGUAUCAGAUUCAUCUGCUGUGGUGUUAUAAACCUAAAUAUUACCCCCCCAAAUAUUUUUGAAAGAAUGUUGUCACGUUUUAAGAAUAUUUAGGUGUUUUAAAAUAUUUGUAUAGUGUAUAUUUUGAAGUACAGAACCAGUCAAAAACUUGCACACACCUACUCAUUCAAGGGUUUUUCUCUAUUUUUACUGUUUCCUACAUUGUAGAAUAAAAGUGAAGACAUCAAAACUAUAAAAUAACACAUAUGGAAUCAUGUAGUAAUCAAAAAUUGUUAAACAAAUCAAAAUAUAUUUUAGAUUCUUUAAAAGUAGCCACCCUUAGCCUUGAUGACAGCUUUGCACACUCUUGGAAUUCUCUAAACCAGCUUCAUGAAGUAGUCACCUGGAAUGCAUUUCAAUUAACAGGUGUGUGUUGUUAAUUUGUGAAAUGUAUUUUCUUCUUGAUAUGUUUGAGCCAAUCAAUUGUGCUUUGACAAGGUAGGGGUGGUAUACAGAAGAUAGCCCUAUUUGGUAAAAGACUAAGUCCAUAUUAUGGCAAGAACAGCUCAAAUAAGCAAAGAGAAACGACAGACCAUCAUUACUUUAAGACAUGAAAGUCAGUCAAUCCGGAAAAUCAACCAACCCUAAACAUUAGGGUUUUACAAGCCAAACUUUUCUUGUCAACAAAGGCAUAAUCUCUACGAACAAUACAAAACCUGUUUUUAUCCAGGGUGUUCCAAUUUCCGGAACGGUUCUUUCCACAACUAGGCAUUUGUAUACAUGAAAGUAAAAGUUAGAAUUGUUAUAUAAAUGCCUAGUUGUGGGACGACGCUAAGCCACACCAGUGCUCUGAACAUACAAAAGGUAAAUUGCACUGUGUACUGUACCAGAGCAAUAAAAAAUAAAUAUAAAUCACCUUUAUUUAACCAGGUAGGCUAGUUGAGAAGAAGUUCUCAUUUACAACUGCGACCUGGCCAAGAUAAAGCAAAACAGAGUUACACAUGGGAUAUACAAACGUACAGUCAAUAACACAAUUGAGAGAAGAAAAACUAGGAGAAUCCCAGAAGAAUUAGGAGAACACUAGACGUACAUGUAAAUGAGACUUCUGGAUUGUUUCAUGUUUGUCUCUAUGGAAUAAUGUCUCAGAUAAAAGCACACAACUUUUCACCAGAUAAGCACAGAACAUAGAUUAACAAAAAGUAUUGUUUUUAUUUCGCAACCUUGGAAUUGCCUUGGAAAGUGCCAGUUUACUGGUACUCUGCAACUGUGGAACUUUCUGACGUUGAACAUUGUACCAUAGCAGAGCUAUAAGACUGGACCCCUCUAUCCCAGCACCAGUGUUCCAUACACACAGACACAUCAAUGACACAUAGACAUGCUGUAGAUAUAGUGAUAUAUAUAAGAUAGAUAUAGUGAUACAUAUUGUAGAUACUAUAGCUAUAGAUAGACCCACAGUAGAUAGAUAUACUGGUACAUAGAUAUAGUGAGACCUAGACACUGAAGCCAUGUUCGCUCUAUGUGCCACGACUCUCCUGUACUUCCUGUCUUUUAGCCAAUCAGCUCCUGCUGCAGCUCCAGCCUGUGAGGACCUCCUUAAGCCCAUGGAUCCACCACGACUAGACCAGCAGCUCUUGAGGAAAUGGGCCCUCGUCGCAGGCAGCCUGAGCCACCCUGCAUCCCUGGAGAAUCUCAAGACCAGAGACGGCAUCACCAUGGAGUUUUCCCUCUCUACCCCCAACCCCAACCCCACCCAGAACUCCAACACCACCACAACCGUCCACUACACCCAGACUAACCGUUUCGGCAGCCGAUGCGAGUAUCGAACCUACAAUAUCUCACUCAUCAACGACAACAGCACCUUCCAGUUCGACGUGGGGGGCCGAUUCAACCUCACUGGGGUCUUCCUGGCGACCUCCUGCCCAGACUGUCUGGUGAUGAAGUGGGAGGUGAGCUCCAGGAGGAGGGAGUCCACGGACCUGUACCUGCUGAGGAACGUGGAGGGCGGGAGAGAGGUGGAGGAAGAGGAGAUGGAGGAGUUCAGGAAACAGGUGGAGUGUAUGGGGCUGCCUCCGCCAGUGGUGAUGGAGCCGGGGAAUGCCCUCUGUGGUUUCCAUCAGCUCAUCUGGAAAAACUGAGGAGAAGGAGAAGAAGAAGACGAAGCUCGAUCAGUGUGAUCAGAGAGUGGGGGCCGGGAGGCAGAUGUAGACACCGUUUCUGUCAUCGGUUUUGUAAUGCAACAUUUCUGUGUUUACUGUUUGUCGAUGACCUGUAGAAUUUUGAUAAAAAGAUGCGCGAUUUGUCAUAUUA